AUGAGUUCUGGUGGCGAUGCGAAACUGUUUGCUAGGGGCAAAGUUGCCGAGCUACGACAGGAGCUCAACAGUGGCGGCAAGAAGGACAAGAACUAUUCUGCGAGGAAGAUUGCCCUCAAGAAGAUUGUCGCCAAUAUGACUAUGAGCAAUAACGAUAUGGUUACUUUAUUUCCGGACGUCGUCGAAUGCAUGAACCUACCAAGUUUGGAGAUUAAAAAAAUGUACGGUAUACUCCUACGACCCCUGACUUGGUGCUUUUUGUUCUUGGUUAACUAUUCAAGGGUGAAGCCUGAUGUUGCUCUUAAGGCGCUGCCGAUCCUGAUUAACGAUAUGGAGGACACUAACCCGCUUGUCCGCGCACUUGCUCUACGGACCAUUUCAUAUGUCCAUGUGCGCGAAUUCGUUCAAUCUACUUUCCAACCUCUUAAACGCUUGAUGCAGGAUAACGACCCAUACGUCCGCAAGACAGCAGCUUUCGCUGUUGCUAAGUUAUACGAGCACGACAAAAAGACGGUCGAGAAUUCCGAUUUGAUCGAUCGACUUAACAGAAUGCUAAAAGACGAAAAUCCGACGGUUGUCUCCAGUGUUCUAGCUUCCCUGGUCGAUAUCUGGGGUCGUAGUGAAUCUAUCUCUCUCACCAUUGACUAUGUCAGCGCUUCGAAACUGGUUUCAAUUUUGCCAGAUUGUUCCGAAUGGGGCCAGACUUACAUCCUUGAGGCUUUAAUGUCCUAUGUUCCCCAGGACACUGCCGAGGCUCUUUUGCUGGCGGAACGAAUCGCUCCGCGGUUAUCACACUCCAAUUCUGCCGUCGUUCUUACGUCCUGCAGAGUUCUUCUCUAUCUUAUGAACUACAUCGCUGACGAAAAGCACAUCACCUCGUUGUGCAAGAAAAUGUCUCCACCCAUUGUCACUCUGCUCUCUAAACCACCGGAGGUCCAAUACUUGGCAUUGAGAAACGCCAUUCUGAUUCUUCAGAAGAGGCCAGAAGUCUUGCGCAACGACAUUCGUGUGUUCUUUUGCAAUUACAACGACCCGAUCUACGUCAAGGUGACCAAAUUGGAGUUGAUGUUCAUGUUGACCACGAAGGAAAACAUGCCAGUCGUACUGGCAGAACUUCGAGAAUACGCCACUGAAAUCGAUGUGCACUUUGUUCGCAAAGCCGUUCGUGCCAUUGGAAAGCUAGCAAUUAAAAUUGAGUCUUCCGCACGGCAAUGUAUCGAUACUCUUCUGGAAUUGGUCGACGCCAAAAUUCCGUAUAUCGUUCAGGAAGCUACAGUGGUGAUUCGCAACAUUUUCCGCAAGUACCCUAACCAGUACGAGGGAAUAAUUGGCCAUGUAAUUCGCAAUAUUGACGACCUCGAUGAGCCUGAGGCCAAAGCCGCCAUUAUCUGGAUCAUCGGCCAGUAUGCGGACCGUAUUGAGAAAUCCGAUGAACUUCUGCAGGACUACCUGUCAACUUUUCAUGAUGAAACCGUUGAAGUACAAUUGGCUCUGCUCACAGCCACUGUCAAGCUCUUUAUUCAACGCCCCACCAAGGGCCAGCAGAUCGUUCCGCAAGUGCUCAAGUGGUGCACAGAGGAGACAGAUGAUCCUGAUCUUCGUGAUCGCGGCUAUAUGUACUGGCGUCUGCUUUCUUCCGACCCUGCCACCGCAAAGCAGGUUGUCAUGGGUCAAAAGCCUCCCAUCACAGCCGAAAGCGAAAAAUUGGAUCCUCAAACACUCGAGGAGCUGUGUCUGAAUGUCGGCACUCUAGCCACAGUCUACCUGAAGCCCAUUCAUCAGGUUUUCCGUGCUGCCCGACCUCGCCGUCUCCAGGCAAGCCCAGCUCUUCAACGGCCUCCCAUUGAAGACGGCACAGCCAAUAUGCUCGACUACAACCCUCCGACCGUCACCCACCCCAUUGCCUCAACCAGCAACAGUGGUCUGGCAACCAUUACCACAACCGGAAACCCUAUCAGUCCCGUCAAUGCUGCCCCGCCCCAGCAAUACCUAGUUGGUCCUGGUCCCAUUGCCCCAUCAGCUACAGGCGCCCCCGCCCACGCCCUUGACGCGGCAGAUUCAUACUUUAGCGGUAUCGGCUCACAGCAAAUGGCCUCGUUAGAUCUGGGUGGUCGUGGUGGCGGUGCUGCCACACCUGGAGGACAGUAUCUCGUGACUCAGAACUCGCAGAAUGUUUACCAGUCUGGUGGCGCAACGGGCGAGUUGCUGCUGCUGUAG